AUGGGGGAAAUUACAUUUCAAACAGAAGCAUAUGCAAAAAUGAUACUGCACGCUGCCAAAUAUCCUCAUUGUGCUGUCAAUGGAAUCCUUUUUGCAGACGCCACCAAAAUCAAAGAAGGAGCUAAAAAUCAAGAGUUGGACAUAGUGGACUCCUAUCCUUUAUUUCACCAUAGCCACUAUGUUUCACCAAUGGCAGAAGUGGCUUUGACUCUGAUUGAAACUAUGGCGCAAGCCGAGAAUUGUAUUGUAGCUGGCUACUAUGCUGCAUGUGAGAACUUCCGAGAUAAUACUGUAGAUAAAUGUCCUGGACAGAAAAUCGCUGAAAAGAUAGCAGAAUAUUUUCCAUCAGCUGUGUUUAUUGUGGUGGAUAACAAGAGAAUAAUACGACAUCUUGACUCACCUGCUAUAAAACUGCACAAGUAUAGUGAGGGUAAAUGGAAGCUAAAAGAAUUCAAUACUAACCAACUGUUUCCGGACCGUUUCUUUUUGCAUUCAACAUCACAGCUGCUUCAGGGACAUAAGGAAACAGAACUCGUGGACUUUGAUAACUACCUAGAUGAUGUCUCCAAAGACUGGAACAAUAUUAAGAUUAGAACCUAUAUUUUAGAUGAUAUUAAGUCUGAAAUAGAAUUAAUUAAAAAAAACAAAGAAAUAUGAGUUAACAGGGUUGCCUUUAGAUAACUGAAUUCUCUUAGUUUGUAAAAACAUGUCAUUGAUGUAUCAAGUUAAGGAUAUGUAUUGUAUUAUCUAUUGAAACAAAUGUUAGCUUGC